AUGGAGGAGGAGAGCCUGGUGAGAGUCCAAGCAGAAACCGACACCAACCUCGCCGCCGGCGAAGGGCUGAAUAAUGGGUGGUUUCAGCCGAGCCAGCUGCUUCCUCUGCCUGGGCCCAAGGAAGAAGGAAGUCCCACCGCCUCCCCGGGCCGAACCGCGCCGAGCCGCUGCGGCAGGAACCUUCGCUGGGACGAGCUCGCGGCCUUCGCCUUGGACGAGCUGGCGGCGGCGACCAGGAACUUCGGAGACGACUCCCGCGUCGUUGGUCCGGAGGCGGGUCUCUACAAAGGCUACCUCAAGAGCAUCAACCAGAUCGUUAGUAGGAGUAUUAACCUGCAGCAUGCCGCGGAGCAACUCAACAGCGAGUUUCUCGCCCAUGUCCUGACGCUGAGCGCGCUGCGCCACCCGAAUGUCGUCAACCUCAUUGGCUUCUGCGCGGACGGCCAAUACAGAAUCUUGGUUCACGAGCACGUGCCAUUGGGUUCUCUCGAAGAUCACCUCCACCCCCGUGACCGGUCUCCAGCAGGCAAAGCACCGUUGGACUGGAACACAAGGAUGAACAUAGCUGCCCGUGUGGCCAAAGGUUUAGAGUAUCUGCACCACAAAGGUGUGGUGUACCGCAAAUCCAUGGGUAGCUUGGACAUCCUGCUCGGAGAUGGCUACCACCCAAAGAUGUCCCAGCAUGGACUGGCAGACCUUGGACGGUUGCUUGCAGAGGAUAACAAAGGCUGGUGUACUGAUUUCUGGGGAAGCACUACCAUUGCCCCCGAGACAUACGUUACCGGGAAGGUGACCAAGGAGUCGAACGUGUACAGCUUCGGCGGACUGCUGCUGGAGAUGAUCACAGGGCGGAGGCCCAUUGAGCCCGCCGACGAGGAUCGGAACCUUAUCGCAUGGGCCACACGAUUGAUGAAGGACAGGAGCCAAUUGCGAAGGAUGGCAGACCCGGCGCUGCAGGGCCGGUACCCGUCCAUGGAUUUGGAGGAGGCCCUCACAGUUGCUUCCAUGUGCGUCCACCAACAGCCGGCCAUGAGAUCGCCCAUCGGCACCGUCGUCACAGCUCUGUCUCGCCUCGCCUAUGAUGUCGAUCCACCCGAAUCAUCACACCCUGCGGCACCUAGUUAACCUAGCUAGUAGAGAAAUGAUCAUGCGCCCGACAUCUCCAGAUGCAUCGGUCAUCAUCAAGUUAUAUUAGUUCCUUGCUUGCUGUGAUAUGUGACUGUUGCUUGUUUUGGAAUAAGAAUAAC